GGGGCCGAAUUUAUACCUCGGUCAUUUCCUUUGGAAAGCCCGAGUAAUAAGUUUUGCUUUGUUAUUUGAAGAUGACUGGUUUGCCUGUGAGGUUUCUUACGAAAGGAAAUCUUUCUUUUCGGCUGUUUUAUCAACAGAGUCUAUUAAUAUGGAUCAGAAGAGGUUACAUGUAGAGACGGGGAACACAUGAAACAAGCCGCUGAGAAAAAGACCGACUCCAACUGGUUCUUCAAGAAAGUCUCUCUUCGGCAGUUCUCCCUCAGGAAAGCCGCAAAGGUACCCCAACCAAGAUUAGUCACAAGACUUAAAGGAGUUAAUACUUCGCCAAAAGUUUUAAAAUUUGACUCAAAGAAGCAAAGGAUUGUUUGGCAGAAAAAAGAGGAUGUGGCACUUGCACAGUUUGUUGCCUUACACAAAAACUUACAGCGAACAAAAAGUGAAUGGCCUUCACUAAAUCCGAAGUCAAAAUACUGGAAAGAUGUGCUGAUUACAUCAAACAGACAGCUGGAACAAAGUAUCUCAGAGAGGGAUCAUCAAUCUGCCAACGAGUGGUGGUAUACAGGAAAGGCCAUUAUAAUGGCUCCCAGUACAUUGGCUCCCAGUAUUGUUUAGAGUUCAGUUUAAAUUGCUUCUUCUUGUUUACAAGGCACUACACAACCAAAGUCCUUCCUACAUAAAUGAUCUUUUAUCCCUGAAACCAGAUACAAAUUACGCUCUUCGUUCGUCUGCAAAAUCUCUUCUGGUUGUUCCAAAAGUCAACUGCUCUACACUUGGGGAUCGCGCCUUUGCUCAUGCUGCACCUGUUUUAUGGAACUCGCUGCCAUUAACUAUAAGAACAAGUAGCAGCCUCGCCAUUUUCAAAAAGCAACUGAAAACAUUUCUUCUUAAGAAAGCUUUUGACUUGUGGAAAUAGUUUUAAAGUUUAGCAUAGUUGUUGUAAUAGUUUUAAAGUUUAGUGAUUUCCAUUUAUUCAUUUAUUUUAACUUAAUGUAAAGUGCUUUUGAGUAUGUUUGUAUAGUUCUAGCGCUAUACAAGUCUAUUAUUAUUAUUAUUAUUAUUAUUAUUAUUAUUAUUAUUAUUAUUAUUAUUA